UGCUCAUCCCCUGGUUUAAGUUAUUUCUGAGCGUUAGUGUUCUUCAUCAAGUAAAAGGAAGUUGGAAGGGGAAAUGCCACCUCUGUGAAAUAUCACCCAAAGAAAAGCUGAGUAACUUGCCAUUAUUUUGGAGACAGCAAGGAAAGAACAUCUCAGAAGUGGGGCCUCAUCUUUCUAGUUUUAAGACGAGAGAAAAGGAGGAAUUAUUCUUCAGCAAGUUGUGAAAAUAAAUCUACAAUCUUUUAUAAUCAAGAGUUCAGACACCCAGAUACACCAUCCUCCCUCUCCCUGGUGUGUUUUUGCAACCAUCACGGAAGAACCCUCGGUGUGUGGCAAUUGAAUCAUCUUCUGCCCCUGCCUGGUAUAAGCUGUGAGGUGCCCUGUCUCAUUUGGCUUGAAAUUGGUUACUUCUGUUUUCAUCCUCAUCAAGCAGAAGCCAUGUGCCACACACUGAAGUGGGGAACACCAUUACCCAAGCUCUUUCAGCUCUUGGUGCUGGUUGGUCUUUUUGACUUCUGUUCAGGCAUCGUUCAGGUGACCAAAACAGUGAAAGAAAUAGCAGUGCUAUCCUGUGAUUACAACAUAUCCACUGAAGAACUGACUAGAGUCCGAAUAUACUGGCAAAAGGAUAAUGAAAUGGUGCUGGCUGUCAUGUCUGGAAAAGUGAAGGUGUGGCCCAAGUAUGAGAACCGCACCUUCACUGAUGUCACCAAUAACCUCUGCAUUGUGAUCCUGGCUCUGCGCCUGUCAGACAAUGGCACCUACACCUGUGUUGUUCAGAAGCGGGAGAGAGGGUCUUAUAAGCUGGAGCACCUGACUUCGGUGAAGUUAAUGGUCAAAGCUGACUUUCCUGUGCCUAGUAUUACUGCCCUUGGAAAUCCAUCUCCUAACAUCAAAAGGAUAAGGUGCUCAACCUCUGGAGGUUUUCCAGAGCCUCACCUCUCCUGGUUGGAAAAUGGAGAAGAAUUAAAUGCUACCAACACGAUGCUUUCCCAAGAUCCUGAAACUGAGCUCUACAUGAUUAGCAGUGAACUGGAUUUCAAUGUGACAGGCAACCACAGCUUCAUGUGUCUUGUCAAGUAUGGAGGCUUAACAGUGUCACAGACCUUCAACUGGCAAAAAUCAGCUAAACGAGAAACCUCUUCUGCUAAUCAGUUCCUGCUCUUCACCGUUAUUAUAUCAGCCUCAGCAUGUGGGAUUGCAAUAAUACUAAUAUACCGGCUCUGCAGAUCUGCUGCUCCAAGACAGAGAAGGAGGAGGAAUAUGGAGAGCAUGGAAAUGGAAAGGAUCUCCCCAAUCUACCCAGGAUCUGUGGAAGGACCAGGCACCUAGAGGUCCCGCCUGAGACUGACCUCUUCUUGGAGCUUCCUGAGAUGGCCAGGGUUAUCUCACCUUGCCCUUCAUGUAUCUGUUUGCAAGGAGCCUCUCAUUCCAGCGGCUUUGCAGAAAGUGACUGGAGGAGUAUGGUGGGGACAGAAGUUAGCUCUAGUGAUGCUGACCAAGGAUUUGUAAACACAGGCUUUUUUUUUUUUUUUUUUUUUUCCUUAACCCAGUGAGCCACAAUAGGAACUAUGGAAACACAGAAUUCUGUAGGCCUGGAGGAAACAUUAGUGAAUACUAGUCCUUUUUUUUUUCCUUUUUUACGGCCACACCUGUAGUGUAUGUAAGCUCUCAGGCUAGGGGUAGAAUUGGAGCUGCAGUUGCCACCACAGCCACAGCCAAAGCAACACUAGAUCAGGGCCGGUAUCUGCAACCUACGGCAGAGCUUGUAACAACACUGGAUCCUUAACACACUGAGCAAGGCCAGGGAUCAAAUCCGCCUUCUCAUUGACACUAUGUGGGGUUCUUAACCCCUUGAGCCACAAUGGGAACUCCACGAAUACUAGUCUUACCAAUGACAGGGUACUGAAGUUCUGGGAGGUGACCUGAAUUGUAAAGGCCAAGGCUAGAACCCAGAUUUUCCUGGCUCUGGUACUCUUUUCCUUCAUCAAUCUAGCUCUGUGCUAUUAACUGGUAUGUGUACACACACACACACAGAGUUAAAGUGCUUCUGGAAACAGUUUAGCCAGUAUCAAUCUUCUCUACCAGGUUCAGGAGGAAGUAGAGCUAUCCAAAACUAAUUUCCUCUGAUAUGUAAUGCCAAUGACUUAUACACUCCAAAGCAAUAGCUGGGUUGGAGAGGGUGGUUAGUGUGGGUUAAAGAUGCACAUUCUGGAGUUCCUGUUGUGGCUCAGUGGGUUAAGAACCCAAAUAGUAUUCACAAGGAUGAGGGUUCAAUCCCUGGCCUUGCUCAGUGGGUUAACAUUCUAUUGGUUCACAUUGGACUGAUAAUUUCCUUAAAUAGCUUUACUUUAAUUGCAUUUAUAAAAUAUUUAUGAGGAUGUUCUCAGUUAAAAUGAGAUAGGUUUUACUGUGUGUAUGUACUAAAGAUUAAGCUGUCUUUAGAAGAAACUGCUUAAGGUAAUGAAAAAGAGCUUCCACAAGGCUUCUUUAGAUCCCUAAAGUGGCUUUUCCUCCUUGGUAUUUUUGGAUCAUUCUGACAUCAGCAGAGAAUUGAAAAGAAAGAAGUGGCCAACUACUGUUCUUAUGUUACUUAACUCAUGACUCCUCUUUCUCUAAGUGAAUCUUACUUAAGCUGGGGCAACUAGACAUUCUCAUUUGAAAAUCUAGAGUUGGACAGCAAGAGUUGACCAAGUUUCUCAAAUGUGGCUGGAUUUAAAAUGUUUAAUUUUGACAGCUAAAAAGGGACCAGAUUAUGCUAUAUAGUCUAAAGAACAGAGGUAUAUGUUUAAAUAGUUCCUCACAGAACAAAGUUACUGAAGAAAAUAUGGGUAGUAGACUGACAAAAGUGUAAGGUAAGGAAACAACCAUAACAACAACAACAACAACAAACAGGAAUUGCUGCCUUUAGUUAAGAUUCAUAAUCCUCGGACAUGAUCAAAAGGAGACCUUAAGAAGUAAUUAACCACAAAACAAGAGACAAACCCAAGAGACAGCUUAUUUGUACUUUAAACAAUAAAUUAUAGUAAAUUAUUACUUAUUACAUUUAAUAAAUGUAUUAGUACUACUUUCAAAAUUAUUUUACUUCUAUUAUUUUGAUAUUUUUGUGAUAUGAAUAAAAUUAUUUUAAAACCAACCAUCUGAUAAUUUAUAAUUUCUAGUUUAAAGAUUUAACCUGUAUGGGGGUAUGAAUAAAAUAAACCGACUAACUGCCAAUUUGUUACAAUUUAUGAAUGGGAUGAUUAAGAAAAACAUGCUUUUUGGAGUGUGGCAAGAAUAUGUAAAUCGUGGUGAAAAUACAUUGGUGCAGAUGUUCUCAUAUCUCUCCCCCCUUUUUUUUCUUUUUAGGACUGCAUCUGUAGCAUAUGCAAGUUCCCAGGCUAGGUGUUGAACUGGAGCUGCAGCUGCUGGCCUAUGCCACAGCCACAGCGACACCAGAUCCGAGCUAUAUCUGCAACCUACACAGCAGAUCCUUAAUCCACUGAGCAAGGCCAGGGAUCAAACCCGCAUCCUCAUGGAUACUAGUUGGAUUUGUAACCACCAAGCCACAAAGGGAACUCCAGGUUCUCAUACAAUUUUAACUGCUAAUAUCUGCAAUUAGAUAAUGUCCUGUGUGCCACAGCAUUGUGUUAUGCUCUACACAUUUACUACCCAUUCUGGGGUAGAUACUGUUUCAUUUGACAGAAAACUCCAGACUUAAAGUAAAAUGGCUGUGCUGUAGGUCACAUGGAUGCAAAGACACAGGGCUAAGACUGCAAGCCAGUGCCCUGCCUCCAGAGCCCCCAGUUCUAGCCAACACUCUAGGCUGCUUCACAAAUACUGAUCAUGUGAAAGACUUUUUUUUCUUUUGGCUGCACCUUCAACAUGUGGAAGUUCCCAGGCCAGGGAUCAAACCUGUGCGGAUGUUGUGGCCUGUACUAUAGCUGCGGCAAUAACGGAUCCCAAACCUGCUGCACCAUAUGGGAACCUCAAACGCUGCUCAUGUGGGCAACAGCAUUUUCACUAAGUUUAACCCCCAAACAAAGCACAAGCAGUUUUUACCCCUCAGUACACUUGACUCAGUCAUCCCCCCCCACCCCCUCAUUUAGUAAAAGUUACAAUCUGCAGGGCAACUUCCUUUUCCUUCUCAGGCAGCAAGCUCCUGGAGUGCAGAGACUAAGUAUCUAUUAAUCUGAGUAACUCUUGCAUAUACAGCAGAGAUACUUUGUCAGCAAUACUGAGAGAGGAAAUAAGGUCUGGCCUAGCCACUUCCUUUUUUAAGUUUUAUUUCAAAUGGCAUGGGAACCAUCUUUGAUUUUUACUGAAACAAAACCAGGAGUUGCCAUUGUGACUCAACAGGUUAAGAGCCCAACAUAGCGUCAGCGAGGAUACAGGUUCAAUCCCUGGCCCCAAGCUGCAGUGUAGGUCGAAGAUAUGGCUCAGACCUGGCAUUGCUGUGGCUGACGCUGUGGCAGCAACUGUAGUUCCGAUUUGACACCUAGCCUGGGAACUUCCAUAUGCUGCAGGUGAGGCCCUAAAAGAAAACAAAACAAAAAAACCAAGCACUACUACACGUCUGGCACUUACUGUUUCCAGGAACCCAGGGCUUCAGAGACCAUUUGCCUUACCUAGUUCUUUUCUUUUUUUUUUUUUUUUUUUGGCUUUUUGGCUUUUUGCUAUUUCUUUGGGCUGCUCCCGAGGCAUAUGGAGGUUC